AUGAAACUGCACUACACUAAAAUAUUAUUAUUUUUCUUUCCAUUAUAUAUAUUGGUGUAUAGUAAAAACAAACCAUCCAUCACACCACAUCAUACACAAACCAAUAGAUCAUUAUGUGAAUGUGACACACAAUCGACAAAUUAUAAUAAUGAUGAGGAUAUCAAAUCAGUGAAGGAAAUUUUCGAUCGACAAACGUCACAACGUUUUGAAGAAUACGAAGAACGUAUGCAAGAAAAACGCCAAAAACGUAAAGAACAACGUGACAAAAAUAUACAAGAAAUUAUUGAAAAAGAUAGAAUGGAUAAAUUAUUAGCAGAAAAAGUAGAAAAAGGUUGUCUUAGGUGUGGGUGUGGAUUAGGAGGUGUUGCAGCAGGUGUUGGAAUAUUUGGUACAGUUGCUGUAAAAGAGUUGACAAAAGCUUCUACGGUUGCCGCUAUUGCAGCAGCUCAGGAAGCAGCUGCUGCUAAGGGUGCUGUUGCAGGUGCUGAGGCAGGUAUUAAGACGGUUAUUUCAGGAUUACAAAAAUUGGAUAUAUCAACUCUAAAUGGUCAGACACUCGUAUCCUAUUUUGAUACAACAGAUUAUACUAAUUUCAAAACCAUUGCUCACGCUAUAAAUACUCAAUAUGACCCAUCGCCAUGUGUAUUAGGUAGAUCUGGCGCUUCUGAGUCUUUUUGCUCUUGGGUGAGGGCAAAUUUUUUUGCUCCACAGGAAAUUUCAGGGAAGGUUUCUUCAACGUACGAAUCUAUAGAAAUAGGUGUAACAUCUAUCGUCUCAGAUGCCAAAAAAGCUGCUGCAGCAGCUGUAAAAAAGGCUACUGAUGAAGUUAUAAAAAAUAGCACUGCUGCAGCAGAAUCUACAUAUGCUGGUUGCCAGACUGCUAUUAUUGCUUCUGUUGUUGCAAUAAUAAUUAUAGCUUUAGUUAUGAUAAUUAUAUAUUUAGUUUUACGUUAUCGUAGAAAAAAAAAAAUGAAUAAAAAAGCCCAAUACACAGAAUUAUUAAAUCAAUAA